AUGUCUUCUCAAGACUCUUUUCUGAAAGUACUGGGGAGAGUUGAAAGUAUAGAAUUAGAACCUGAGGAAUUAUCAAAUACUUCUGUACUCCCUCCAGUUUCUCAAGAUCCUUCAGUCCUUAUUCUACAAGUCCCAAGAGCAGGAUUUCAGAAAAUGAUAGCUGCAAGAGAGGUAUGUUUUAGAGGAAGUUUUAUUUUCAUUACCAUUAACUAAUAGUUUCAUUCAACUAUAGGAGACAGAACAGCAGCAAAACAGAAUUGAGAUAAGAAAAGAAAUAAAGGAGAAUGAGUUAUCUGGUAAGAAAGCAGUGUUUGAAUGUUGAAAUGUUGACUCUAUAUAUUGAUAAAUAAUAUGCUAGUUAUCUCUACAGGUUCUGUUGCUAGAGAAAAAAAGUAUCUGGAGCAGAGCAGACUAGAAUACCAAAAUGCAGCUUUGAAGCUGCAAUUAUCAGGCAGAAAUCAGUACAUUGAAAAGAUAACUGCACUCUGGGCAGUUCUCUCUGCUUCAUAUCUUGAGGUAAGCUAGUAAUGUUCAUCUAUUGAAUAUGUUUGAAUUUUUCCCAUGGAAAAACUUUCUCAGGGGAAAAGUUUUUUAAUCUGCAAAAGUUUUCUCUCUUUUUUAUAUCCUACCAGUUCUUUAACUUAUUCUUUAGAUUCCACCUCUAAGAUCUCCCAAGCUCUUUCCUGAGGUGUCAGAAAACACUUUAUCUCUUGUUAUUGAAUACCUGUUGAAAAUUUCUACCAAGAAGUCUCACCAGCCAGCUUUAAAAUCCUUGGAUAAUAGCUAUUUUCUUCAGUGUUCUAUUUUAAAGGACAAGGUCAGUGAAGGUACACAUUGGACCAGUGAUCCUGUUAUAGACUCUGCCUUUUCUAUUUUGUUUUUCUUUCCUUCUUUCUCUGAAGAUCAAGCUUGUCAUAUGGCCUUUCUUUCUACUCUUAUCUCUUCUAUUCCUUUCUUUACCAAUUCUAUUAUCUCAGAGCUCAUGCCAACUGCUCUUAAUAAUUUAUACUGUUUUAAUUACUUUCAUCUCUUACACUUUCUUUACUUUCCUUUACUGGUUAAUGGGAAUCACUGGAUUCUUAUCAGAGUUGGUAUUCAAUCUCAUAUUAUUGAAAUCUUGAACUCCUUAGGAGAUUCCUUGGAGUCUAGUAUCUUGAAGGUUUGUCAUCUCUUUCCUUACCAUAUUUACUUUAUAAUCAACCCCUAUAACAGAAAAUAAGGUUUUUCUUAAGACAACUCCAACUAGCCUCUUGGACAGAAGCUCAGAGCAAGAAUAUUGUUUCUCCUCUGACUCCAGCACCUCUUGUUCUAAAGUGGACUAUUCAGCAGCCUAAAGUAACUUCUUUUUCCUUGACAGCUUGAUUUUUUACUAAUUUAAAUCACUCUGGACACCCUAGACAAGACAGGAAUACUCUAGAUUGUGCUUACUUUGU